AGACAGGGAGUGGCGAAGGAGACUAUUGCAUUCCGUAGGAGGGGCCAAACUCACUUUUAACCUGCUAGGUCAGGUGAAUCGGUCCAUGGGGGUGGGGACUAGCAUAUGAGAAAAGGGCAAGGACGGAGGAGGUAUUUAUUUGUUUGCUUUCAAGACUAAAUUAGAGCCCUUCAUCUGCAGACCCAUUGGCAGAUUGUGUCUUGGGCACCCUUUCGAUCUCAGGAAGAGAAAAGAACAGAGGGGCGAGUUUUCCACAGCAGAAGGAACAACGCUUCUGGGCUUCCCCCUGUACGUGUAUUUCCUAGCCCACAAACGAUAGAGCCAUAUGGCUUCUGCAGUCUGGGGGAAUGCUCCCUGGUGGGGCCCACCGCCCCCAGCCCCAGCCCGGCCGCUCACAGACAUCGACUUCUGUUCUGGAGCGCAGCUGCAAGAACUAACCCAGCUGAUCCAGGAGCUGGGUGUGCAGGAGAGCUGGUGUGAUGGGCCCAAGCCAGGACCAGAUCUCCUCCAGGCCAAGGAUUUUGUGUUCUCUUUGCUUGGUCUCAUUCACCGCAGGGACCCUCGUUUUCCUCCCCAGACAGAGCUCCUGCUGCUUCGUGGUGGGAUUCGAGAGGGCUCCCUGGAUUUAGGGCCUGCGCCUCUAGGUCCCUACACUCGGGGACCUCACUACGAUGCCGGCUUCACACUCCUGGUGCCCGUGUUUUCUCUAGAUGGCACUGGGCAAGAGCUGCAACUGGACACGAGAUCCUGUUACGCAUGGCUCUGCCUCCCAGAGCAGGUACGCGGAACCUCGGUCCGGGAAGCAUGGCAGGAUUGCCUAGGACCCCCAGUCCCAGGAGGACGUGAUUGGAUCCACCCAACUGAAAGCAGAGAAAGUCCCCGGGACCCACAAAGCUCCGUGGACCAGCCACACGGUGACAUCACUGAGCCUGAGGCACAGGAGUCUUUGGAAAAAUCACCUAGUAAUGUUUCAGUGCCAGAGUCACCCCAGCAAAACCUAACCAAUAUUGGUUUUCCCUCACCAUCGGAAGAAACGAAUGAUGACGUCACCAAAGCAGCCGUUGUUAGCCCAGGGCCUCAGCCGUCUGAGGCUCGGGAGGCGUGGCCUACACUGUGCCCCGCCCAGGUGGCUGCUUGGUUCUUUGCUUCGCUGGCUGCGGUCGCUGAGUCCCUGUUCCCGGUCCCGGGUGCCCCGCGCUUGGUCCACGCAGCCCGCCACGCAGGGUUCACUACCAUCCUCCUGGCUACGCCCGGGCCCCCGCGCCGCCUCCUGCUUUUCGACCUGAUCCCCGUGGUGUCUGUGGCCGGCUGGCCCCAGGGGGCUCGGAGCCACUCGUGGGCCGGCCCGCUGGCCUCGGAGUCGUCCUCCUUCUACCUGGUGCCCGGCGGCGGCGGCCGAACAGAGCGGCCGGGCGCCUCCGGCUGGCAGCUCUGCUUCGCCCGCCAGGAGCUGGCGCUCAAGGCGCGCAUACCGGCUCCGCUGCUGCAAGCGCACGCGGCGGCCCAGGCGCUCCUGCGCCCGCUGGUGGCGGGGACCCGGGCCGCGGCGCCCUACCUCCUGCGGACGUUGCUCUACUGGGCGUGCGAGCGGCUGCCCGCGCUCUAUCUGGCGCGGCCCGAGAAUGCGGGCGCCUGCUGCCUCGGGCUCCUGGAUGAGCUGGGCCGAGUGCUCGAGGCAGGGACGCUGCCCCACUAUUUUCUGAGUGGCCAAAAGCUCCGUGCGGGGGACGGCGCCGCUUCGCUGCUCGGGGCGUUGGCCAUGCUUCGCGGGGAACCUGCUCGGGCCCUGCGCGCCGCUGUGGAGGAGGCCAAGGCUGCGCGUAAGGGGGGCGGCUUAGCCGGCGUGGGAGCCGGGUCCCAUUAAAAACGCUGUUCGUA